AUGGUGGGAGCUGGAGGCCGCGGCAGCCUCGCCUGCUCGGGGACAUUUUUUCCCUCCCUCCUCAUCGCCUCGCCUCGCUGCCUCGCCUGCCGCCUCUCAGCCAAUCACACGACGCCGUUGCCCGUUGCGUCGGGUCACGUGGCGGUCGCUCGAGGCGCCCCCUCAGUCAGGCGGGCGGGCGGGGGGCGCGGCUCGGCGGGGAAGAUGGCGGCGCCGCGGGAGCCGGGCGGGGGCGCGCAGCGGACGGAGCCGGAGCCGGAGCCGCGGCGCGUCGUGCAGCGCGCGGAAGGGGCGCUGCGCCAGCGGGCCCUGCAGCGGCGGCUCCGGGGCCGCAACCUGCUGACGGGGCUGGGCAUCGGCGCGGUGGUGCUGGGCAUCUAUGGUUACACCUUCUACAAGAUCUCCCAGGAGCGAUUCCUGGACGAGCUGGAGCGGGAGGUCGAGGCUGCCCGGGCCCAGGCUGCCAAGACCCCGGUGAACUGAGACCCUGAGCCGGCCGGGGCUGCUCCCCACUUGGGAUGGACCCAGCUGGAACUGACGCAUGUGCCAGGGACCUGCCGCAGCCCAACCCCUCCUGGGUUGCAUCUGCCUUUGACGUGCCUGGCGCUCCCUCUGGUGGGGGGGGGUCCUUGCAGUGUGUGGGGGAGAGGGGUUCCCUCCCCUGUGCAGACCAGGCUCCUGCCACUGCCAGUUAAACCUUCAGGCUGCAGUUGCAGAUUGUGGUGCAGCAGCACCAGGUUUCUUCCCUGACGUGCUCCUCUGCUAGUCACCCCCUGCAGCAGGUGGGCCAAGGCCUCAAUAAACCUGUCUAAAUGA